CAUCGUGAUGAUUGAUUGAAUUGUGUUUUAUUGUCGUCGUCAUUGUUUUGUGAUUUUCUUGAUUUAUUUCAAUCAGGAAUAUUGUUUUUUGUAAAUAUGAAUGUAGUUGUAAAAUACCACUUGAAUUUUACAUACAACAUAUACGUGUGAAAUUUAUAUUACAAAUACAGAGGAAGAAAUUACAAUCUUAAAAAUGGAUUGGAUAAUAUCAGAUGAGUUGGGUUUAACGGUGGGCCAUUUAGUCGGUUGGGGUGCAGCUGGUGCCAUGAUUAUAGGUGGGGUGGCCCCUUACAUUCCUCAGUACAGGCAAAUUAAGAGAACACAAGAUGCAGAGGGGUUUUCUCUGUAUGUUUGCUUAACACUUCUAGUAGCCAAUACGUUGCGUAUUUUAUUUUGGUUUGGCAAGCGAUAUGAACUGCCUCUAUUAAUUCAGAGUAUUGUAAUGAACAUUACAAUGUUUGUAAUGAUCCAUCUAUGUGUUACUGUUCGUAAAAAAAAUCAAAUUAUAAGAGCAAGGGAAAGAAUAUUCACAGGUGCAAUAUUCAUGUUAUAUAUACUAUUGUGUUGUGUGAAUGGAUCAGCUCAGCCUGACGAUACGGCGCGCUGGCUGGACCAACGCAGCAGCAUAGGCAGGGAGAAGCCACGAAGCUUCUAUGAUAUGGAUAGAAAGUAUUUUUGGGCGUGGACGGACUUCCAGAGUUAUUUGGAUUGUAUGCUAGUAUUUUCAGUAUUGGGUGCGGCGAUAACCUAUCUAUUGAUAGAGUUCUCACCAUUUGUUGAACUAAUUGGCUUCCUAGCUGUGUUCACUGAGGCGAUGCUCGGAGCGCCACAGAUAGCUAAGAAUCAUCAGAAUAAAAGUACAGAAGGAAUGAGUUUGAGUAUGGUGAUAAUGUGGACGUGUGGUGACAUAUUCAAGACUGCAUACUUCGUGAUCCGUGAAGCACCCACGCAGUUCUGGGUGUGCGGCGGCCUUCAGGUCUCCUUAGAUAUUAUUAUUCUAUUCCAAGUGUGGUUGUACCACGACAAGACGGCGGCGGCUCGACGGUUGCGUAGAGGCGAUUAGCAGUGGUCCGAGACAGACUUAUAGCGUUCGGGUCGCGCAACUCGCGCGCUGCGCCUGUUGCUACGCCCGCGCUUCUGCCUCACAUAUUUAUCAUGAUAUUUAAAUCUGCACGAGGCUCUGGCUACACUCGACAACUAACAUAUCCUUUACUCUAACAUUUUAUACUCUGUACAAUCUGUAUAGAUCUGUAGAAAUUUUAUUGUUAAAAUCUAUAUUGUUGAGUAGACGUUGACGUUUGGAUAUUAUAACCUAAAAAUAAACGUCAUUUUUGAAGUGAAAGUGUGCUAUUUGUAAAUUAGGUAAUUUUGAAAAGAAUAGUGGCAAAUUGAAGUGUUCUAUUUGUCUUUAGUUUUAAAAUCGAUAGUCGAAAAUGCAAUAGUGAUGUAACAAAAUAUCGAAUGGCCGAAAUAUCGAUGUUGCCAAAUGUGCACAGUACAUUUGUUCUUACUUUUUAAUACGAAUUAGUUUGAACAAGAUGUAAACUAGUGAGUGUAAAUACAUAUCCCAAAUUAUUCAUUGUUUUUAGAUUGGAACUAUUUCUAGGUUAGAAACUUUUAUAUGGUGGCAACAAUGAUAAUGGAAUAUUCAAAUUUGUGCGAUUUUCGCACGUAAGGUGCUACAGGCUGAAUGUAACAGCCAAAGAGGCUAAUGUUUUUUAAUAAUAGUUUUGUAGGAUAAAAAAUAGGCGUAAUAAAAUUAUCAAUUAGCUUCCAUUUUUUAUAAUAAUAUCAUAGGUAUAUUUAUGAUCCGGUUUUCAAAUUGACGGUUAAAUUGUAAGGGAUUGUAGAACGGAUUAGUUAAAUUGUAAUUAAUCUUUUUAUUUAUAAAUUUUGAUAAACUUUCAAAGUAAAUACUAGUAAAUUGUUGUUCAUAUGGGGCCAAAACUUUGAAAGUAAAUAUAUGAAUGUAUUAUCAAUAUUCAUGUGAAGUUUGAAAUACGGCCAGAGUAUUUAAAAAAGUUA